AGAGAUGUGAGGCUAUAGCGAAAAGUUCUCUACUCGUUGCGUAUACGUAAUUUGAUUGAAAGUUUCCUGACUUCCCAGAACUCGCCGACGAAAGGUCGGGAGCUGGUCAGGAUUCUGGCUUAAAGCUUGGGCUUGCCGAAACUUUCCAUAAGAUGUUUGGUCGGGUUUUCAGUAUAGUAAUAGUUAAAAGUUUUGUCAAAACUUUUGCUGGUGCAAACAACACAAAACCCUUUGUGUCCGUUUAAGUAAGUUUCUAUAAUUAUUCAUAUUUUUCCGCCUUCUACGGCCGCGAGCCUUUCGCAACUCUGCUAUGGUACGAGUAUCUAAAGUCGGCUAAGGUCGGCCGAGAUGCCAUGAGACCGCAAUUCGACGUCUGUUCAAAAAUUUGGACAAAUAUUUGCACAGUUUGCCGAUGAGAAGCCAUCGGAAAGAUCUCCCGGCUAGCAGGCAGAAUAAUUUCGAUUCGCUGAUAAAAGAUAUCGGAGUAGGUGCGACAGAUAAAAUCGACGGAGAGCUUCAGUCUAACAAUGGGUGGAGAGUAUUUUGUGCUAGUUAUCAAUAAUUAUGACAGGUUCCAACACAGUUGACAAACGCAAGCAAACACCACCGAGAAUGGUGUUAUUCCCAGUGGCAUAAUGAUCUCUGAAUGCUCUUUCAUGGGUAAAAGUUGAAGUAAUUUUUGAAAAUUUUAUUUUCGAUUUGUUAUAGUAAAGAGAAAUGCAGCUUUAAGGGUAUUUAUGGUACUUUUUUGCCUUGCUCUUUCUUUUGCACGCCAUCGUGCAGUCAUGAAUACUGCCUUUAUUGGGAAUUCUUAGACCCUGACCACCUCCUAAACCAAGUCCAACAACUCCACCCAAAGUGAGAUAUCAUAUAAUUACACGACAAGAACGAGGCAGAGAGUCACAGAGAGAGAGAGAGAGAGAUAGAGAGAGUAAGAGUAAGAGUGUGGUAGGCCAGAACACCUGCCACUGAUAACAGCUUUUCCAUGGGGAGAGACACAGCGACAAUAUUUUAUUUGGCCACCUGAAGGCGGCUCAUUUGAGUUUCAUACGUCUGUGGGACGAGCACGAGAAGAAGGUGGAACCAGGGAAAGUGAAAAGUGAAAAGUGAGUGCCCAGCUACACAAAAGAAAGAGAAGAAAGAAAAGCAUUGGCAGAGGCAGAACCAGAACCAGAACCGCACUCAGAACGUGGCCUCAGAGUACUCGCAGAGUGGGCGAGGCGGACACAUGUUGUCAUGUUGACAAAUGCUAGGGAAUGGGAAUUGAAGAGCAGUCAACUGUUGCUGCUGCUGCUGUUGCUUCUGGGGGGGCAAGUGCCGCUCGGUGGUGGCGCCUCAGUCACCUGGGGACAUGUCAACAAAUAUGCCAGCCUGCUGUACACCGAAGACGUGUACCUAACGCCCGAGACCCCAGGCAGAGAUGUGGUCUACGGCUCGCAGAAUGCCUCUGAUAGCUACAGGAUUACGGCUCUGCAUGUGGAGGACCUCAGCAGCAGCCCACCAGCAGAUGCCAACGGGACUGAUGGGGCCGAGUCUCUGGUAACAGCGGGUGGCAUUGGUGAACAGUUUGUCGUCCUGCACUGCCAACGGGGCCAACUAUUGCUCGGGGAGGAAUCGGCACAUCUACAAGUGUCCGUCUAUGGGCUGGAGCUGUGAAGAUCGUAUCUUUUUGAGUGCGUGUGUGGGAGAGCGUGUAAAAGCUGUAAAUAUUAAUUACUAUAGAGGCGACACUUGGAUUGGCACUUACAUUGUCAAGUGUAAUAGUCACUUACAUAUGCAUAGUAUAUACAUAUAUAUAGUACGAGUAUGUAUGCAUGUGUAGAAAAGUACUCUUAUCUUUAGGCACAACCGAUAGGCUAUUUAAGUUUGCUUUUUCUCUUUAAGUCUCCUCUCAAUUUGAGAGGAUUUUAAACUCGUUCGACAUCAAUUAAACUUUGUUUUUGCUAAUAAAACACUUCCGCUUUGACAACAUA